AUGCAGCCCUUACUUCGGCAGCUGGCGCGCCCGCGGUGGAUCCACUGCCGGCCCGGCGCAGCGCGCGCCGCGCUCCAGCGCAGCGGUGUCCGAUGCUAUGUGGACAGCAUCGACCGAAGGGUCUCGGUGUACACCUUGACAGAGCCGCAGGAGGUCUUGUCCUUUAUGGAUCGACAUCCCGACUCAGACCUCAACACCUUCGAGGCCGCCUUACGCCAUCUGAGCCGCUUCAGCCAGCGCGGAGGCCACCGCACCAACGCGCAGAUCGUGGAGGACGCGCGCUUCCACGCGCUGCUCAGCGGCUUGACCUCCCGCUUGGAGGAGUGCGACGCCACGCUGCUGUCGAAGAUCUCGGACAGCUCGGGGAGGUUUCAAAACUCCACGCCCGAGCUCGUGGACCUGGCCUCGCGCCUGGCGGAGGUGGUCUGCCAGCGCGAGGACAGCUUCACGGCCAGGAACCUGGCCACGGUGGCCAUCAGCCUCUCCAAGCGGAUUCGGGACGUGGAAACGGUGGAGUUCAUCCGGAAUGAGGUCUUGAAGCUCAUUGACGACCUGGAGCCCAAGCACUGCAACAUGCUUUUGGAAGCCUUCCGGAGGUGGGGCGUCUUUGAUCGGCAGCUGGUGGACUUGCUGGUGGAGCGGAUGACCGACGAGGUGGAUCAAUUCGUUCCCGACGAGCUGGUGGAAGCUCUCAGUGUGUUGUCGCGCUUGGGCCUGGCGCGGGGCUUCUUGCUGCGGCGCUUGUGUGGCUUGGCCUUUGAAAAUCUGCGGCAGUUCACUGCACGGGAGCUGGCACGCAUGAGCUACGCCUUGGCGCGGUUAAGGUUUCUGGCGCAGAGCAACGUCGAUGAGCUUGUGGAUGCCAUGCGACCGGAGCUGCACAGGCUGCGGGGCUCACAGAUCUCGGAGUUCCUCUUCGCGCUGUCCAUGGUGAAGGCCACCCACCAGCUGGAGACCUGUCGGACCCUGGCGGCGCAAUACGUGGACAGCGAGGGCGGCAUCCCCCAAAUGAGUGGGGGCUCCUUGAUUGACUACGCUUGGUCGCUGGCGGCGAUGGAUUUGGUGGAGGACUUUGAGAAGGACUUCCGGGCGGCCCUCGAAGAGACCUUCAAAAGGAAGGUGCCGCAGAACCGGACGCCGCUCAUGAAGUUCUUCGAUGUGAUUUGCGCCCUGGACUUGGAAUAUCAGCACUUGAAGAUCCAAGUGCCCUCCACUUGGAGGGCCGCCUGUGAUGAGGCAGACCGCUUCGAAAUGGAUCGCUUGGAGUCGUCCAGACUGCACAACGAGGUGAUGAUGCGCUUUGAUCAGCUGCAAGGCUCUAGCAAGGGUCUCAAGUGGCGACUGAAGAUGCAAAGGAAUGGAGUUUGUACACCCUACAGGGUCGACAUGUUGGACGAAAAGCUUGGCAUUGCUCUGGACCUGGAGAUUAUUAGCUGGCCCACCGCGCGGCACUUAAAGCACCGACUGCUGGAGGGCAAAGGCUAUCGCAUGGUGAAGCUGGAGUAUUGGGACUGGCGGCGAGCCAGAUCGGAGGAGGAUCAAUCUGUACUUCUCGAGCGUGAAGUCACCAAAGCUUUGGAGGCAGAUGCCAUCGUGCAAUUCGUCCAAGACAAUUGGGAGGCACCUGAGACCAUGGUCUUGUCGCAGACCAGCAGCUUCGAAGACUUCGGCUUUAGCCCAGCGCUGUUGGACGGGAUCUAUGCCGCGGGCUUCGUGUCUCCUUCGAAGAUCCAGGCCGCGGCGCUGCCGAGCAUCGCCGCGAAGGGGCCCGGGGAGCCGGGCCAGAGCCUGAUGGCGCAGGCGCAGAAUGGCUCGGGGAAGACGGCGGCCUUCGUGCUGGCGGUGCUUUCCGUGUUGCAGGUGGAGGAGGAGUGGCCUCAGGCGGUGGUGAUUUCACCUACGCGGGAGCUCUCGAAGCAGAACAUGGCCGUGAUCAACCGGCUCGGGGACAAGCUGCCCGUGAAGACUCAGCUCGUGUGUCCUGGCAACGCUGAGGAUCGAUGUCCGAAGAACCCCAAGGCGCACGUGCUGGUGGGCACUCCUGGCAAGCUCUCGGACUUGUGCAAGAAGCACAUCAUCAACUGCUGGGGCGUGAAGACUCUGGUGCUUGACGAAGCUGACGUGAUGCUCGGCGAGGAGAACCAGAUGGGGCCUCAAAUCCACAUCAUCAAGCAGCAUUUGCCUGAUGAGCUGCAGGUGCUUUUCUUCUCCGCCACCUUCCCGGAUGACGUGCGGAAGUUCGGCGCCGGGCUGAUUCCCAGCAGUCAGGGCAUCAAGGUGACGAAGAAGAACCUCACGGUGGCCACCAUCAUGCAGGUCUACAUGAACUGUGCCGAUGAGGAGGAUAAGUUCUCGCAACUCUGUAACCUCUAUGGGUGCUUGAACGUCAGCCAGAGCAUUGUCUUCGUGAACCAGCGCAAGAAGGCCAGUGGUUGGAGCCAGUCAGCGGGUCGUGUGGGGAAUACGAGCGGAAGACUGGAACGGCUCGUGGCUGCAGCGUUGAGGUUCCGGCGCUUCGAGGCGACGGACUUCGCCGCGAACCAGCUGGCCGCAGCGACGAACAAGCACAAAGGGCUGGGCCAGAGACCGGUGACGGUCCCCUCGCCGGUGACCUCCGAGUCGCGAGCCAGCUUCAGUCAGGGACACCAGCCACCAGUCGUUUUGGCCCUGAUGUCUCCUGGGGUCUCUGGGCUGGCGACGGCGGGGCACUCUGCGGCUCGCUGCAGCGUGCCAAGCGCGCCGCGGUGGGAGGCAUACAGCUGUGUCUAUGUGCCUGCCUUCCUCCCCGAGAAGCGUUUCCACGACCUGCUGGCGCAGUACCAGUGCUUGAAAAGCGAACUGAAAGAGGACGAACACCGCAGCUUAGCCCCCGGCCGCCUCAUGGCCCUCGCCGGCCGAGCGGCCAGCGCCCUCUUCGGGGCGCGCUGGCUGCGGCAGCGGCUGCGGCGGAGGUGCGGGCUGCGGCGGCUGCCCAGCUUCUUUUCGGAGGUGCCGGUGGAGGUGCGCGAGUACCGGCAGAACUGCGGAAUGCUGUGGCACCAGGACGAAGUGCUCACCGAUCCGCCCGACGAGCCGCAAUUGGAGUUGGUCUACACCUUGGAGAACACCUCGGACUCCAAAACCUGCUGGGCCACGAGCCACCUGCACGUGCUGCGCGAGGAGAUCGAGGAAGUCUGGACCGCGCCAAACUCCAUUCUGCUGCUCCAGGCGAAGGGCGCCGUCCAUAUGGUCCGCGAGCUGACGGAGGGGCACCGAGUGAUCUUCAAGAGUUGCUAUCGGCCCUGA